GGGUGCUGCAUUGAUAGCUGAGCGAUGUGCUGUAAUGGUGCCGGAGAUGCAUGGACACAGCCCGUGCCCAGCCUACAAGUCCCAGGAGCUCAUCCCUGCAUUGGCCACCGGGGAGUGCCCUGAGCUCGGUGUUGCUGCCCACCGACACAUCCUUUCCCUGCCUGAGGAGGAGACAUGGCGCCAGCACAGCCCAGGCAUGAUGCCCACCCAGACUUCUGCUCUGCUAGAGCCCGAGGCCUUGGAAGAUCCAGGGGCCCUACCAGGAUCCCCACGUGCCCUAUGCUUUGAUGCCUCAUCUGCCUUCUUCCCCACACAGGAGGGUGAGGGCUCAGGAUGGGAGGGCAGUGGUGCCCUUGAUGCCAGUUUGAGCCCAUUCCUCCCUGUGAGCCCAGAGGUCAUGAAGAGGAGGAGGGGAGGGCUCAUUGAGCAGAGGGAUAUCAUCAAAGCCCAUGAAGCCCACAAGAUGCAGAGCACACCUCAAGCCCGGAGGAAAGAAUGGGAGAUGGCUCGCUUUGGGGAGGCUGUGGUUGGCAGGCCAGGAUCCGGAGAUGGAGACUCUGAGCAGAGCAGGAACCGGCAAGGAACACCAGUGCAAGGAACGCCAGUGGCCGCCUACAAGCAAUCCAAAGCCCAGAGGGCCAGGACUAUGGCUUUAUACAACCCCAUUCCGGUCAGGCAGAACUGUUUCACCGUCAACAGAUCCCUGUUUAUCUUCGGAGAAGAUAACAUUGUCAGGAAAUAUGCCAAGAAGCUCAUCGAUUGGCCGCCAUUUGAGUACAUGAUUCUGGCCACAAUCAUUGCCAACUGCAUCGUCUUGGCAUUGGAGCAACAUCUUCCAGAGGAUGACAAGACUCCUAUGUCCAGAAGAUUGGAGAAGACAGAACCAUAUUUCAUUGGGAUUUUUUGCUUUGAAGCUGGGAUUAAAAUUGUGGCCCUGGGGUUUAUCUUCCACAAAGGCUCAUAUCUCCGCAAUGGCUGGAAUGUCAUGGACUUCAUCGUAGUCCUCAGUGGCAUCCUGGCCACAGCUGGGACUCACUUCAAUACCCACGUGGACCUGAGGACCCUGCGGGCUGUUCGAGUACUGAGGCCUCUGAAACUUGUGUCCGGCAUUCCCAGUUUGCAAAUAGUGCUGAAGUCCAUCAUGAAGGCGAUGGUACCUCUUCUGCAGAUUGGUCUUCUUCUGUUCUUUGCCAUCCUGAUGUUUGCCAUCAUUGGCCUGGAGUUCUAUAGUGGGAAACUACACAGGGCCUGCUUUAUGAACAAUUCAGGUGUGCUGGAGGGGUUUGACCCUCCCCAUCCGUGUGGGGUGCAGGGCUGCCCAGAGGGUUAUGACUGCAAGGACUGGAUUGGCCCCAACGAUGGGAUCACUCAGUUUGACAACAUUCUCUUUGCUGUGCUGACCGUCUUCCAGUGUAUAACUAUGGAAGGAUGGACCACCGUGCUGUACAAUACCAAUGAUGCCUUAGGAGCCACCUGGAAUUGGCUGUACUUCAUUCCCCUCAUCAUCAUCGGAUCUUUCUUUGUUCUCAACCUUGUCCUGGGAGUGCUUUCCGGGGAAUUUGCCAAAGAAAGAGAGAGAGUGGAGAACCGUAGAGCCUUUAUGAAACUGAGGAGACAGCAACAAAUUGAACGGGAGUUGAAUGGGUAUCGAGCCUGGAUAGACAAAGCAGAGGAAGUGAUGCUGGCUGAAGAAAACAAAAAUUCUGGAACAUCAGCUUUGGAAGUGCUCCGAAGGGCAACCAUCAAAAGGAGCCGUACUGAGGCCAUGACUCGUGACUCAAGUGAUGAACACUGUGUUGACAUCUCAUCUGUGGGUACUCCUCUUGCUCGUGCCAGUAUAAAAAGUACUAAAGUCGAUGGAGCCUCUUAUUUCCGGCACAAGGAGCGACUUCUACGUAUCUCCAUUCGUCAUAUGGUCAAAUCCCAAGUGUUUUACUGGAUAGUCUUGAGUGUGGUAGCUCUCAACACUGCCUGUGUGGCUAUUGUCCAUCACAACCAGCCCCUGUGGCUUACCCACCUCCUCUACUAUGCAGAGUUUUUGUUUUUGGGGCUCUUCCUCUUAGAAAUGGCCCUGAAGAUGUAUGGCAUGGGGCCACGCCUUUAUUUUCAUUCCUCCUUCAAUUGCUUUGAUUUUGGGGUCACUGUGGGAAGUAUCUUUGAAGUGGUUUGGGCCAUCUUUAGACCUGGAACCUCUUUUGGAAUCAGUGUCUUGAGGGCUCUCCGACUUCUAAGAAUCUUUAAGGUUACCAAGUAUUGGGCAUCACUACGGAAUUUAGUGGUCUCAUUGAUGAGUUCCAUGAAAUCCAUCAUCAGCUUACUCUUCCUACUCUUCCUCUUUAUUGUUGUCUUUGCUCUAUUGGGAAUGCAGCUCUUUGGAGGCAGGUUUAACUUUAAUGAUGGGACUCCUUCAGCAAACUUUGACACCUUUCCUGCAGCCAUCAUGACAGUAUUCCAGAUCUUGACAGGUGAGGACUGGAAUGAGGUGAUGUACAAUGGGAUCCGCUCCCAGGGUGGAGUUAGCUCUGGUAUGUGGUCUGCCAUCUACUUCAUCGUUCUCACUCUGUUUGGAAACUACACCCUACUGAAUGUGUUCUUGGCCAUCGCUGUGGACAAUUUGGCCAAUGCUCAGGAGCUGACAAAGGAUGAACAGGAGGAAGAGGAGGCCUUCAAUCAGAAGCAUGCCCUACAGAAAGCCAAGGAAGUCAGCCCAAUGUCUGCACCUAACAUGCCUUCUAUUGAAAGAGACAGAAGGAGGAGACACCACAUGUCGAUGUGGGAGCCACGCAGCAGCCACCUGAGGGAGAGGAGGAGACGGCACCACAUGUCUGUGUGGGAACAGCGCACCAGUCAGCUGAGGAGACACAUGCAGAUGUCCAGCCAGGAGGGCAUCAACAAGGAAGAGCCCCCUCCCAUGAAUCCCCUUAAUCCCCUCAAUCCGCUCAGCCCUCUCAACCCCCUCAAUGCACACCCUAGUCUCUAUAGGAGGCCCAAGCCCUUGGAGGGUUUGGGACUGGAGAAGUUUGAGGAGGAACAUGGGAACCGGGGAGACUUCCAUAAGGGCGAAGGCAUGCAACAAUCAGAAGAACCAAAGAGUCCUAUGUCUAGGCCCAAGAGGGAGCAGCAAUGGCUUUCCAAACCGUGCCAUGGAAACUGUGACCCAGUGGAGCAGGAAUCAGGAGCCGGAGAGGCAGUUGUCGGCUUUGAGGAGCGAGCCCGGCACCGGCAGAGCCAGCGCCGUAGCCGGCACCGACGAGUCCGCACUGAGAUCAAGGAACAUGCCGCGACUGCUGGAAGCAGGUCCGGGAGCCAGGACAGAGGCCUGGAUGAAGGAACAGCCACUGAUGGGGAAAAGCACAGGGACUCUAAGGGGAGUCAGGAGGGGAAGGAGGUUUCCAUUCAUGAAGAAGACAGAAGCAAGGAGUUAAAGAGAACCAACAGCCUUAUGGUUCCUAGAGGCUGUGGGUUGUCAACAGCUGCCGAUGAAAUAAGAACCCCCCUGGUCCUCCCUUCUCCAGAGCUAGAAACAGGAAAGGACACCAGCCUGACAGAACAGGAGCAGGAGGGUACCAGUGAACAAGCUCUGCUGGAAGAUGUGCAGCUGGAUGUGGGCCGGGCCAUCAGUCGCAGUGAGCCCGACCUUUCGUCCAUAACAGCCAAUGUGGAGAAGGGAACAGAGAGCACCAGCGUUGCCGUUACCAUCCCUGACAUGGGCACCUUGGUGGACUCCACUGUGGUGCACAUUAGCAACAAGACAGAUGGAGAAGCCAGCCCCUUGAAGGAGGCAGAGAUUAAAGAGGAUGGAGAAGAAAUUGAGAAGAAGCGAAAGAAGGAAAAGAGCUCAAGCACAGGCAAAGCAAUGGUGCCCCAUAGCUCCAUGUUCAUCUUCAGCACCACUAACCCGAUUCGAAGGGCAUGCCACUACAUUGUGAAUCUACGCUACUUUGAGAUGUGCAUCCUUUUGGUUAUUGCAGCCAGCAGCAUCGCCCUGGCUGCUGAGGAUCCUGUCCUGACCAACUCAGAGCGGAACAAAGUCCUGAGGUAUUUUGACUAUGUUUUCACUGGUGUGUUCACCUUUGAGAUGGUCAUAAAGAUGAUAGACCAGGGCUUGAUCCUGCAGGAUGGAUCCUACUUCCGAGACCUGUGGAAUAUCCUGGACUUUGUGGUGGUAGUGGGGGCACUGGUGGCCUUUGCUUUGGCGAACGCUUUGGGAACCAACAAAGGCCGGGAUAUCAAAACCAUUAAGUCUCUGCGUGUGCUCCGAGUUCUAAGGCCGCUGAAAACCAUCAAGCGCUUACCCAAACUAAAGGCUGUCUUUGACUGUGUAGUGACCUCCCUGAAGAAUGUAUUCAACAUCCUCAUUGUCUACAAGCUCUUCAUGUUCAUCUUUGCUGUCAUUGCAGUCCAACUCUUCAAGGGGAAAUUCUUUUAUUGCACAGACAGCUCCAAAGACACAGAAAAGGAAUGCAUAGGCAACUAUGUGGAUCACGAGAAAAACAAGAUGGAGGUAAAGGGUCGCGAAUGGAAACGCCAUGAGUUCCACUAUGACAACAUCAUCUGGGCCCUGUUGACCCUUUUCACUGUGUCCACAGGGGAGGGCUGGCCACAAGUUUUGCAGCAUUCUGUGGAUGUAACUGAGGAAGACAGGGGCCCAAGCCGUAGCAACCGCAUGGAAAUGUCCAUUUUUUAUGUGGUAUAUUUUGUGGUCUUCCCCUUCUUCUUUGUCAACAUCUUUGUUGCCCUCAUCAUCAUUACCUUCCAGGAGCAAGGGGACAAGAUGAUGGAGGAGUGCAGCUUGGAAAAGAAUGAGAGAGCUUGCAUCGACUUUGCCAUCAGUGCUAAGCCGCUCACCCGCUACAUGCCCCAGAACCGCCAUACCUUUCAGUAUCGUGUCUGGCACUUCGUGGUGUCCCCAUCCUUCGAAUAUACCAUCAUGGCCAUGAUUGCCUUGAACACCGUGGUGCUGAUGAUGAAGUACUACUCUGCUCCCUGGACCUAUGAACUGGCACUAAAGUAUCUGAAUAUAGCCUUCACCAUCGUGUUCUCCCUGGAGUGCAUCCUCAAGAUCAUUGCUUUUGGCUUCUUGAAUUAUUUCCGAGACACCUGGAACAUCUUUGAUUUCAUCACGGUAAUUGGUAGCAUCACAGAAAUUAUCCUGACAGACAGCAAGCUGGUGAACACCAGUGGCUUCAACAUGAGUUUUCUAAAGCUCUUCCGAGCAGCCCGUCUCAUCAAGCUCCUCCGACAGGGUUAUACCAUCCGCAUUUUGCUGUGGACUUUUGUUCAAUCUUUUAAGGCCCUCCCCUAUGUAUGUCUAUUGAUUGCUAUGCUUUUCUUCAUUUAUGCCAUCAUUGGGAUGCAGGUCUUUGGAAAUAUAAAAUUAGAUGAAGAGAGUCACAUUAACCGGCACAACAACUUCCGCAGUUUUUUUGGGUCCCUCAUGCUGCUCUUCAGGAGUGCCACUGGUGAGGCGUGGCAGGAAAUUAUGCUAUCAUGUCUGGGAGAGAAAGGCUGUGAGCCUGACACCACUGCACCCUCAGGGCAGAAUGAGAAUGAACGAUGUGGCACUGAUCUGGCCUAUUUUUACUUUGUUUCUUUCAUCUUCUUCUGCUCCUUCUUGAUGCUUAACUUGUUUGUGGCUGUCAUCAUGGACAAUUUUGAAUACCUGACCCGGGACUCAUCUAUCCUUGGCCCUCAUCAUUUGGAUGAAUUUGUCCGAGUCUGGGCGGAGUAUGAUCGAGCUGCGUGUGGCCGCAUCCAUUACACUGAGAUGUAUGAAAUGCUGACUCUCAUGUCACCACCGCUAGGCCUCGGCAAGAGAUGUCCCUCCAAAGUGGCGUAUAAGAGAUUGGUUCUGAUGAACAUGCCAGUAGCUGAGGACAUGACAGUCCAUUUCACUUCCACACUAAUGGCCCUAAUUCGGACAGCUCUGGACAUCAAGAUUGCAAAAGGUGGUGCAGACAGACAGCAGCUAGAUUCAGAGCUGCAAAAGGAGACCCUGGCUAUCUGGCCUCAUCUUUCCCAAAAGAUGCUGGAUCUGCUUGUACCCAUGCCAAAAGCCUCAGACUUGACAGUUGGGAAAAUAUAUGCAGCCAUGAUGAUCAUGGACUAUUAUAAGCAGAGCAAAGUGAAGAAGCAGAGACAGCAGCUGGAAGAACAGAAAAAUGCUCCCAUGUUCCAGCGAAUGGAACCCUCCUCUUUGCCUCAGGAGAUCAUUUCUAAUGCCAAAGCCCUGCCUUAUCUCCAGCAGGACACCCUUUCAGGCCUAAGCAGUCGGAGUGGGUACCCAUCUAUGAGUCCACUGUCCCCCCAGGAAAUAUUCCAGUUGGCUUGCAUGGACCCAAACCAUGGGGAGUUCCAGGAGCAGCAAUCUCUGGAGCCAGAGGUUAGUGAGUUAAAAAUCGUGCAGCCCUGUAAGCAUGGCAGCUACCUCCCUUCGGACACCCAGGAGCAUGCGGUAUCUGGGAAGGCAUCAUCUAUGCCACGCCUGACUAUGGAUCCCCAGGUGGUGACGGAACCAAGCUCCAUGAGGCGUUCCUUUUCCACUAUCAGAGACAAGCGCACAAACUCCUCCUUAGAGGAGUUUUCAAUGGAGCGAAGCAGUGAAAACACCUACAAGUCCCGCAGACGCAGUUACCAUUCUUCCUUGCGCCUGUCAGCUCACCGGCUGAAUGCCGACUCAGGCCACAAAUCUGAUACCAUGCGCUCAGGAGGCAGAGAACGUGCCGAGUCCAAAGAACGUAAGCACCUUCUGUCUCCUGAUGUAUCCCGCUGUAAUUCUGAAGAACGGGGUGCCCGUGACUGGGAGUCUCCCGAAAGGCACCAGUCCAGAUCACCUAGUGAGGGCAGGUCCCAGACGCCCAACAGACAGGGUACAGGCUCCCUUAGUGAAAGUUCUAUUCCUUCUAUCUCUGACACCAGCACCCCAAGGCGAGGUCGUCGGCAGCUUCCACCUGUUCCCCCUAAACCCCGGCCCCUCCUCUCCUACAGCUCCUUGAUGCGACAUCCUGGUAGCAUCUCUCCACCAUAUGAUGGGAGUGAAGUUGGCUCCCCACUGCCCUCCAAGGCCCUGGAGAGCAAUGAUGCAUGCCUGACUGAGUCUUCCAGCUCACCACAAGCAAAGCAGAGUCAGCACUCCACUCCCCAGCGCUAUAUCUCAGAGCCCUACCUCGCUUUGCAUGAAGACUCCCAUGCCUCGGACUGUGGCGAGGAGGAAACACUCACCUUUGAGGCUGCUGUGGCUACCAGCCUGGGCCGCUCCAACACCAUUGGCUCGCCCUCCCUGAGGCACAGCUGGCAGAUGCCCAAUGGCUACCGGAGGCGGAGGCGUGGGGGACCAGGGCCAGGGAUGAUGUGUGGGGCUGUUAGCGAUCUCCUGAGUGACAGAGAGGAUGAUAAAUGCUAGAAGCCAUGCCCCCCUCCGAUGCAUGCUCUUCUCCAAUAUGGGGGAAAACAGAUAGACCAGAGAAGCCAGUGAAGCCUUGGGGGAGGAGGAAGAAGAAUGAACAUUAUACAGAACCAGAGAAGAAAAAAGGAAAGGAAAAUAGAAAGAGAACCAAACCCACCCAAACAGAUCAGAUUUCCCUUUGCAAGAUGGGCACAGCCAUGGUUCUGCCUCCUUGCUGUGGGAGAGAGAGAGAGAAAGAUGUGGGGAUGUGGACAGUCCUCUUCAAGGGACAAGGAACAUAGAUAUAAUGGCUCUACUUCCCCCUCAUCCCAAUCACUUUGGCAAAGGCAAUGGCUUUAUGUAGGCCAGUAUUCCCCUGAGAAGCAGAGAAUACCUGGCUGACAGCUGGGGUCCAUAGGAAAUAGCCAACAGUAGAGGAAAUGCCUCCCUUCCUCUCCCUCUCAUGCUCUCCAGCUAUUACCACUGUCACCAGAGCAACCUCAAUAGCAUCUUGUGCUAUUCCAUGGUUUGCUCUCCACACAAGAGUUUAUGCCAAGGUCAGAAGUGCUGGAUAACUUGUGUGGGAGGCAGGGAAGGAGAAGAAAAGUAGGUAGGUGAUAGCUGGUGGGAAGAGUGGUCCAUAGUGCUUUGGCAUGGAAGGAGAUGGUGUCCUGAGUAGUGACAGUAAAGGUCCUACAGCUUGUAUCAAGGAGGAUCAUAAAUUUAGAAUGGGAAGGGACCACAGAGGUCAUCUAGUGCAACCCCCCUCAUGUUUCCAGAUGAGAACAUGUAGAUUAAAAUAUUGGCUAAGUGACUUGUCCAAGGUCACAAAAAUAGUUAUAGUUAAGUGGCAAAAUUGGAAUUUGUCCCCAAGUCCUCUGACACCAGAUUCAGCAGUGUUACCAGACAAGACCCACUUAUCUAUAUUGACAUUCUUUUAAACUAAGAUGCUGACACACUUAUAGCUUUGUGGCUGUGCACAUGAACCUUGAGUCCACGUGCUGAGGAUAAACUGAAGAUCACCCAAGGUCUUCUUCCCUUACUGGGUCUAUAGUCCAGUAGGCAGCAGUUUGAGCCACCUGCAAGGCCAAGAUGCAGGGUGUUGUAUAUGUCCUAUUCAGUGAGACCAUGUAAGAGUGUCCUGAUAAUCCCUGAAUUUCCUCUGAGGGGGUGGAAAUCACAUUUAAGAGGGAUCACAUAUCAGAUAGUUAGAUCUUUAAAAAAAAAAUGAAGUUGAUGGGGUUAUUUAAAACUAAAAAAAAAAAAGCCUCAAGCCGUCAGGCAAUAUUUGAGUGCCUCCUAUAUGUCUGCAGGGGACACGACAGUUGGAUGGCUGAAUUUUCUUGGUCAGCGGGUGGUUAGGGAUCAGCUUCACUAGUCCUGUGGGAUCCGAUUUAAGGUAAUUAGUUAAUAUACCUCAGCUUAGGCUUAGGAUGCUGCUUGCAGAAGAGCAGUUUCUCUGCUGGAACAAAACUUCAUGUAAUAAAAAAUAUUUCCUGAAGCCAGGACCCUGCUUCCCCUUCCCCCUAAGAAACAGCAGUGCAGGAUGUCAUUCCCUUUGCAAUCUCUCCUUGUGCUACCGCACAGAAAGGUUCUGCACUCAAUGAACCCCAGUCCCUUCUUCUGUAAUACUUUGUUUACACUUUGGCAAAUGAGAGAAAGAGAUAGAUUAAGGAUGUACUCCAAGGCAUUUUAAAAUACCCUGUCCUACCUCCAAAGCUUGAGUCCAUAGCUGCUUAAUGUCAGUCCUUAUAUCCACCAAUUCUCCAAUGGGACCCUAACAAUGAGAUAGAAAGUAGCUAAGCCUCCUUCCUUAACUAAACGAUGAAGGAAAGGGAAAAGCAAUGAUCCUCAAAAUCCAGCAUCCUCAAGAUAUUAUUCAAAGGGAUGAUUUAAUAGCAGGUCAGAGAACUUCACUAAAACCUGAUACAAUGAAUACAGAUUGCCCUUUACAAGGGAAAAAAGGCACUGCCUUUAUGUGAACCCACCCCCUAUACAACUACCUCCAUCCUUCAAAGUCGGUAGCAUUGCCAGAAGAAUUAUACUCCAGGUAAAAAGGAUCACUGAGAAAAGAGCCCAGUCAGGGUACUGGUGGUCCAUAUGCCAGAGCCAGGAUCAGAAUCAGGAAAAGAUAGAAGGAAAUAAACCCUCUCCCUGUCCGAGCACCCACUAGAGACUUCCCUUGUUCCAUUUCACAGGAUGAGCCUUAAAAUGGAAAACCAGUGGAGGGAAACCACUGCUGAUUCUUCCAGUGGCUAAGUAUAAGCUAUCCAUACCCCCUCUUAGUCAAAGAAUGGAUGACAGAGUUUUUCUUAGAGUCAUUUCUGAGAUAUUUUCCUAUGACUUUCUAGUCUGGAUAUAAAGAAAAUGUAGUAGGAUUAGCUUUGCAUACAGAAUGCCUCCCAGUGGCUGGGAGGCACCAGCCAUUCUCCAUAAAACUUUCAGAUAUGAACAGACGUUCAUGCAAGCCAGAGUACACAAGCCCCUGCCAUCCUUUCACAUGUGGCCAGUCACAAAACCAAAUUCAGCACCCUGAGAAUGGAGGGUCAGUGGCAAAGAGAGCUUCUUCAAAUGCUCUGCCCUUCUUUCCAUAGGUACUAGAUUUUCAUCUCCCCCUCCCCAUUGCCCCUCAUUCAUCAUAUACAUGCCCCCCAAGCAGUUUAGAGUGUAAGCAUCAAUGUACAAACCAUUGAUGUUACAAUCCUCAUAACAUAAGGGCUGUACUCUGGGUGUCACAUCGUUCUCAAUGGCAUUGUUGUAAAGGAUCAUUUCAUGCCAAAGCACUGCUGUGGACUCCUCCACAUGCACAACCUUAUUUUCUUCCUCCUCUGGAACAGUGAUCUCAAGGGAAGGACUUUGCACAGGACAGCAAUUCUGAGUCAGCAGCAUGACCGCUUGGUGUUUUGAGAGGGAGAACUGAAGUGGUAACUAAAGCCAUUUAGACUGUAGGGGAAAGUCAGGUAGGGAAAGCAAUGGCCUGAAUUGGAGUUUUGCUGCAAACCCGGCUUUAAGAAGUCUAAAGUUCCAAGAGACGUUCUGAGAUACCUUGACCCCUUGAAAUCAGAGUAUCCAUAUUCUUAACAAACAGCAUAGCACCUGAGUACUGGGAGUCAAAAUGGAAAACUCGCUACACUGACCAACUGCCAACUUUUCAUCAGUCCAUGAUACCUGACCUAACUUUCUUUUCUCUGCUUCUGUUAACUAAAGGAUCUUUCUACUGAGAAUAAAGCCUAGUCUGUCACAUUAGGGCAUGAGACACAAAUCACCAUCCCUUUACCAUUUGAUCUUCCUCACUGCCAAUAAACUUUUCUCUCCAACUAGCAACCUGCUAGUUGCUAUAUCUCCAACUAGCCACCCACCCGAACCCUGUCACUAUUGAUUUCUUUGGAAAGUAAGGCUGUCUAAUAUGAGCUUCCCCUUGGUUUAAAACAACAACAAUAAGAAGUAAUUAGCAUUUUAAAGGAAAAUCCUGAAUUAUUAUUCAUGUCCUAAAAGAUAGGGUGGGGGAAGGGGAGUUUCCAGAUCUAUUAAUGUUACUCUUAGUUUUCCUGUUCAAUAUUACCCCUCUUAGCAUUCAUUCCCUUGAAACCAAAUGAGAAUAACCCAGCUAGCACUGGGAAGGUUUCUGAAGGUUGGUUCUGGUGCCUUUAGAAACGUUGAUUGCUAUCCUGGCUUAGGUCAUGUAGCCCAUCUGUGGUGGCCAUCUCCUACUGAUCAUGCAAUUCUCCUAAUAGAACACAGAGCAAAGGCAAUCAUCCCGAGGCAUUGACUGGGAUGAUAAGUGGAUGGACCAAAAAGGCCUAGAGAUCGACCAGAUGUCUGGCAUAGGCCAGAACAAGAUGGCAGAUGGUGCCCAGUCAUUCAAAAUACAUUAUUAAGCACUCGCCAUUAGCUAAGUGCUGAGGAUACACAUAAAAACAAACAAGCAAACAAAAACAGGUGGCAGAAAUGCCACCCUAAAGCAGAGCAUGCAUUGACCUAGGCCAUCAUUGGCUUGCCAUGUCCUUAAAGCACCAGCUUUCUAGUUAUAGGACUGUAGUAUUUUAGAGCUGUGAGGUUUCUCUGAGAUCAUUUAGGCCAAGCCUGACCUUUUAUAAUGAAAGGAUGGGUCAUUGAGGUUAAGUGACCUGAUGCUGACAUUUGUGAAAUCCAUCCCAGCUGAAUCUUUGUAUUCCUACCCUGGAAGUGAGGUUACAGAAAAGAUUUACCUGAAAUGGAAAUCCAGGGAUUUCUCUGGAUUCUGCCCUCUCCUAGCUUAGCAUAUUAUAUGGAGGUCAAAGCCAGUUCUUUCUCUUCCCCUGACGAGCAGCCUUUGGGCUGAGGAUACGUCUCCCUUAUCUUCUAUUCUCACCAUCCCAGUCGAUAUUUUGCAGUUUAACAUCGAUUCAGCUCUUGAGACUGUUAAAUACACCAGACUCAGGCUUAGUUGCAUGCACCACUGCCUCUGCAGUAAUAUUUAGCCUACUCAUUGAAUUCAGUUGUUGAAUUUUCUAAAUAUAAAAGAAACACAAUGCUCUUUAGGCAUGGACAACACAAUUUCAUGAGACAAUCUGAAGCAGGUGUAGGGUCGAGUGGCUUUGUAUCCAUCCAUGCAUAAAUCAUAUGUAUAUAUCCCACAUAAUAUACAUCCAUCCAUCCACAUAUACAUGUAUAUUAAAAAAAUCAAUUAAAUAUUGGGCCAGGAUCAUAUUGCCAAAUCAAGUGCCAUCUGGUAUGAAGCAACAAAGUUUUUUUUAAAGAAAAUUUUAAUUAAAAAAAACAAACAAAAAAUACCCCUCAAAUACCUUGGGCUUUAUAAACUCUUUCUAAGGCCUGUCCUGCCUUUGUGUGUCCUGGAGAGAGCAUUUCCUGUAUAGUUAAGACCUGAGGACUGAGAGAUUGGGCUCUCCUAUUUGCUCCCCAGCUCAAUCAUGAAUUCACUAUGUGUAACAUUAUGUAAUCCAUUCCACCCCUUUUCAGAAGAAUGGUAGGAGUGGAUGUAUGUGUUGGGGGGGGGGGGGAGGGGGAAAAUGAGGCCAGAAUACUAUUUACCUACCUCACAGGGAUAUUGUGAGGCUUAAAGCAGAAGCAUCAAAGAUUCAUGAAUGUUCUUAAUUACUUAAUUAACUAAUUAAUGUUGUUAAUUACUUAAUUAACUAAUUAACUAAUGCUAUUGUCAGUUACCAGUUUAUCUGUUAAGUGUUUUGAGAUCCUCACAAACCAGGUGCUAAUGCAAUUCAAAGGAUCAGAGGAAGGAAUGGUUUCUAUUCAUUGGAGCAUCCUUUCAGGAGUAUCCACUCCUGUGACCCUUAAAUGCUUUCUUCCAGAUUUAUAGUAUUUAGUCUUGACCAACGCAUUCACCAGAGUACUUGAUGACAUAUCCCACAAAGAAAGAAAUGGGCAGGAAAGCCCUAUUCUGGGAGUGUUAAGGGGCCGAAUCCAGAGCCACAAGAAUCAAAACACAAGACACAAAGUUUAUAUAAAGCAAAACCCUGUCAAAGUGUUUGUAUAUACACAUACAUGCACACGUUUUUAAAGACCCUUCUAGUAAAGAAAAACCUAACUCAGGGGCUUCGUUGACCUAAUCUUACCACAAUAUGAACGAACUAGAUUUCAGCCUAGCUGGUGCUGUUUGUCAGAGUGAGUACACCCUGGCAUUCUCCAGUGUCUUAGCUUUUACCAUUAAAAUGCCCAUGACAUGUCAUCCAGGUUCACCACAGGACCCAGAAACAGUGGCCAUCACCUUUGUCAGCUGGUCUACAUAAAUUAAUUUAUUGCCUAUUGAACAACUGAAUUUUUUCAGUUGUUACUUUGAAUUGCAACAUGUAUAGGAAUGGUGCAUAAAUGUAAGCACUUUGCAGGGGCCAUGCAUAGGAAAUAGAAUUAGUUCUCUUGGGUGUCUCCUUCCCUUAAAUCCAUACCUGCUUCUUAGCACCUAUGAACCAUUUCAAGUAUUAGUCUCCACAGCCCAUCACAAGGCAAAAGGAUACACACCAUCCUUCCACACUGGACUCUGGGGUUCUCUGCCACACUGUGAAGCAUUCUUUGGCAAAUAAAACCUUUAAAGUAUCAUAGACUAAUUGCUAUGUAGGGUUGGAGGGAUUCCAUUUCCCAAAGCUGACUCUGAUUGGCUGGUGGGUAAGUAGUAUGUACAUCAAUAUCAAAGAGAGUCAACAUUUCUCUUUCAAAGGGAUCUCUCCCCUGGGCACAAAAUUCUAGGGUGGAUGGAGGUAGGUAAGUAAAAAGUUGGGGUGAAAGCCCCUGACACUGCCUUCAUCUUCUCACCCCAACCCAAUGCUGUAAAUAAAAGAGUUAGUAUCUUGGCCUUUUAAAUGCAAAAAGAUUUCUGACAAUAAGCCAUGCUUUUUGUAAAUACGUUAUUACAACUCGGAUUUUUCUUUUUUGGGGUAGGUAAGAAUUGGGUUGAGCAGGGAAUUCAGAAAGAAGUGAUUGAUCAUUUAACAUAUAGGUGUGUAGUGUAACAGAGGGUCGCUAAAGGGCAGCAAUGAAAAUUAUCCCAAAUAGUUUUGAGCCAGCUUUUAUUUAGAACAUUUCAAGUAAAAUGAUACUUGAAUCAAGAAUCUCACAUGCACUCUUUGUUACUCUUCUCAAAAGAUUAAAAAUUGAGUCUAGAUUUCCAUAAAUAGAAAUCCUGUCUUCAGACCCUGUUAGAAGAAUAUGACAGAACAGAAAGAAUAAAGGAAUGAUUCAGAGACCUAUGAUCAAUCAUUUUAA